GUCCCUCACUUCUUCCUGUUAUAUUGUACAUUUUAUGAUGAGUUAAGAUCACCUUUUUCAGUCCUGAAAAAGGAGCACUGAUGAUGUCAUCUGCGUCCCCAAAGCCUGGAAGAAACGUCAGGAUGGUUUAUUUCGUGAAUGUUAGUUUUAUCGAGCGUCUGCUCGUGGUUUCUGGUCUUCUUGUUUUCUCAGUGGAGUCUCGUACGCCCCUUUGGGCUGGGCAUAUUAUUUAUGCAUGACACAAUAAUAAAAUUAGAUCGAUCAAUCAAAAUCUUCUUCUGUCUCACUGUCCUCGUCUGUCCUCUUUUCAGGGUCCAGGACUUGUCGGGACGGGACAGCCCGGAGGGCUUCGUCCCGUCCUCAUCUCCAGAGAGCGUGACGGACAUGGAAGUCAGCAGGUACCCGGACCUGUCCUUCAUCAAACUGGAGCCGCCGUCACCCUGCCCCUCGCCUACAAUACCCAUGAUGCCCUGCGCCUGGGGCAAAGGCUCUGCAGUCAAACAGGAAGUGAAGGCAGAGCCUCACCAUCAGGGUCCUCCCUCCUGCUCUAACGCUGACCUGGUUACCAUAGCGAUAACACUGAGCCCAGUUGCCGCUCAGAACGCCGCAGGCGUGAUGGCGGCGGUGGCGCAACUGCUGCGGGUCCCCGUCCCCGUGGACUACCAGCUGAGCCGGGCGGCGGGCCCCGAGCGCAGCUCUCUGGCACUGCUGGCCGGAGUCCGAGUGCCGCUCACGCAGGUGGGAGGAAACACACACUUCCUGUGUUAAAGGUCAUCACCAUGACAACUGUUAGACCUGACAACCAAGUUUAGUUUCUGACAGAGUCUCAGACCGUCCUUACUUUGUCCUCUGUGUCCAAACAUCCUCUGAUCAAUAAACAUCCUCU